UUUGGAUACAGUGCGCAAUUACUCCUCAUAGUAUCUUAAGAAAUGUUGUGACCUUCAUCUUAUUUAGCAAUUCGGUCAGCGUUGAUAAGAUUCUCAAUUCUUAAAUUAUUUUUAUACUUACUAUACAAAAUAACCUUGCGUGUUGAUGUACCCUUCUUUACUUUAUUCGUAAAAUGGAAUUUGCGGCAUUAACUUUGGACUCCGAUGAUGAAAUCAUUCAAGAUCCGUUUUGUGAUCCCGAAAGGCCGCUUAAAAUUACAUUCGAAGACAUAACAUCAGCAGCAUUCAAAAUAAAGUCUGGCGUAAUCCGUACACCAUGUGAUAGGUCACAAUUAUCGGACACCACAGGCAUCGACAUGUUCUUCAAAAAAGAUUAUCUACAAUAUACAGGAAGCUUUAAGGAUAGAGGGGCUCGUUACGCACUACUAAUGUUGGAUCAAGCCAAAAAGAAAGCGGGAGUUAUAUCGGCAUCUUUAGGAAAUCACGCACUUGCAUUAUGUUACCACGGAUUUAAACUGGGCAUACCAGUCACUGUAGUCAUGCCGGUAGUGGCCCCAAUCAUGAAAAUAUCGCAGUGUCGAAAAUUCAAUGCGAAUGUGAUUGUGAAAGGUAAAGAUAUGGGUGAAGCGAAGAAGGUAGCCUUAAAACUCGCCAAGAAACAAGGAUACACAUACAUUAAUGGCUACGAUCAUCCGGACAUCAUGGCUGGUCAAGGUACCAUAGGCUUAGAAAUUGUUGAGCAAGUAGAGAAUAUUGAUGCAGUUGUGAUACCAAUUGGAGGAGGUGGUCUAAUAGCCGGAGCAGCUUUAGCAAUUAAAACGCUUUACCCAAAUAUUAAAAUAAUCGGGGUGGAAUCUGAAAGGUGUGCCAGCUUCUCUAAAGCAGUGGAAGCUGGAAAACCAGUUUACGUAAAUAUAGAAUCAACCCUUUCGGACGGUUUAGCGGUUCCUCAGGUCGGAUACAACGCUUUUGAGACUGCACGAUCUCUUAUUGACAAAUUGGUUGUGGUACGAGAAGAAUGGAUAGCCAUUGCCAUUUUACGGCUAAUCGAAUACGAAAAAUGCGUUGUAGAGGGUGCCGGUGCCGUUGGUUUGGCCGCAAUACUUGCGGGACAAUUAAAUGAGCUUCGUGGAAAAAGGGUUGUACUGAACUUGUGCGGUGGAAAUAUUGACACAACAAUACUGGGAAGAUGCUUAGAACGUGGUUUGGCAGCGGAUGGAAGAUUAGUGAAGAUUGUCGCAACUGUCAGCGAUCGUCCGGGAGGUAUUGCGGAAUUUUGUAAACUGCUUGCCGGUUUUGGAGUUUCGAUUAAGGACAUACUUCAUGAAAGAGCUUGGGUUGCAACUGAUGUUUUUAGUGUGGAGAUAACGGUUGUGUGUGAAACGAGGGAUUCAGAACAUACUUCUCAGUUAAGAGAAUUGCUAAAAAACAAUUACAAAAGGGUGGAAUUCGUUGACUUUCCUCAUGUUUACCCAGGUAUUUCGGGAAAUGAUUAACUAUUUGUUGUUCUUUGCAAAAAUAUAUAAUACCUACAGUUUUUA